CGCAACUUGAACCGCUUUUGGGCGGUUUCAUCAGUUUGUUGCUGAAGUUUAAACAGACUAGUUUAACGUUGAACAAAGUGAAGAAAGGAAAUAGACAUGGAGCAGAAGAUUCUUUUUGUUGCUGUAAUUUUCGCAUUUGCUGCGGAAGCUGCAAUGGCGAUCAAAUGUUAUAAGUGUUCUUACCAGUCUUCUUUGGGAACAACAACCGGUAUGGCGAACUGUGAAGAUGAUUUUAAAGCAGAUGGAAUAGCAACUAUUGAUAACGAUCCCGUCACCGGUGAUCCAUGCACAGUCUGCACAAAAAACAAGGGUGAACAUGAUGACACUAAAACUGUCGUUUACGAAAGGACAUGCUCAUCCGUACAGCAGAAAGAAGAUUGUACAAGCGGAGAGUUAAGCGGGAUUGAAGUAGACGUUUGCAUAUGUAAAACAGAUCUCUGCAACAGCGGAAAUAGCAUCAUGAUGUCGUUUGGUGCAAUUGCUUUGUCCGCUUUCGCGUACCUACUUUAUUAACUGAAACUGGUUCAUUCAUAAGCAACGAAAAUGCCGUGACGUCAUGUAUUUUUCUAACGUCAUUGUUCUGUUUAAUUUUUGCGAACUUCCUUUACCAGAUGAAUACCACAAAUGAUACAAUAAGCUUAUUGAAAUGUAUUGACAGAUUGGUGGCUAUUCCGUUGCGUAUAUUUCUUGCUAUGUAAGUGAAUAUUUGAUCAUUUCAUUAAAAAAACCGCGAAUUGUAUAAACGUAUUUCUUGCAGCUUAUCCUUGAUGUGUGACUUACUAUUAAACUUGUUAAUAGUUAACUUAUUUUGGAAUUGUUUAUGGAAAUAAAUAAGCGUCAUACAUUACUUCACAGAUGCCUUAAAAUAAUAUGAAUCAUACACUGUUCUCAGUCUCUUGUAUCUUUUAUCGCGAUUAAUGCCUACUAACCUUGAAUAUAAUACGCUCGUACAUAAUUAUAUAUUUAUAUAUAUUACAUGUACUAUAAAUAAACCGUCCAUGAUUGGACAAAAAACUAUUUUCGUAGACAAAUGAAACUAAUUGUAUAAUAUUCAACUCCUUAUAAUAAAAAACAUUAUACUGAAACAACUUUUGUAACAACAACGGGGAAGUUAUUUAUUCUACGAUACUAAUGAUAGAAAUGUACAUUUUAUUUAUUUUUUCUAUAUGAGACACAAUACUAGCAUGGCUUAGUUUAUUGUUAAUAGAAUAACCAAUACA